AUGAUCAAAAAUGUAUAUGUAACCGUUUCUAUAUUACGAGCACUAGGGGGUGCGAACGACGUGCACGCAAGACCAUGCGAAAGGAGACGCUAUGAUCACCGCCUGAAAUGGGAUGUUCGUUCGCUGAAGUUCUAUCGAAACGAAAGUCAAAUGACACCAUCUCAAUUGAGCGCAUCACUCACGUUUGCUCGAGGUGCAGUGCAUGCUUCGCUGUCACGUGCUGCCGUCGACUGGAUGGUGAACACAAUAGAUCUCACUAAAACAUUUGAACAACUUGACCGCAAGGUAGUGGGUGUUGACGAGGUGCUCAUUCCAACCUUAUUUGUGAGUGAAGGACUCAGCAUGCCCGGAGGAUUCACUGCUGAGUGUAUCAAAAAAGGACGAGGAACUGGUUUUAUAACAAGGGUGGAAACCUGGGCGUACGAUGGCAAAAUGCAAUGCCGCUCACAGCGCUAUCGCCACAGCGUUUGUAUUUACGGUGUGGAAGAUUUUGCCUGGCUUGCCAAGCAUCCAAAGUUGAUCGCUAACAAGAUGAUGCCUUCGUUCGACUAUGGCGUUGUGGACUGUGUGCAUGAACUUAUAUUCAAUCGCACUCACCUUGGGCAAACCGAUCGCCUAUGGGACGUGAAGAUGUACGAAAGGCAGCCUCACGUGAGUGUAUUUGCUACAAUUCUGCUGGCAGAAACCUCAGGGAGGGGACGUUUUCCAAAGUCAUGUCAAUAUUAUGAGAACUACUGCAACGUCUUCUGA